AUGGUCGCGCCAGUUUUACCGUUCGUCGCCAAGCAGACCGUUCCUGCACAAGUUCCAGGUCGCUCUGUUGAUAUGAAGACGCCUCAGAGAGCUCUUCAGUUUCUGUGUAGCGGCAUUUUUGUCCUCCUGUGUGGCGAGCUUCCGAGCUUGGUUGGCAUAGACGGGUCAAGUCUCCGCUCCGUGCAGGAGUGUCGUAAGCACGACGGCCUUGUACACUUUCAAUUUCGUGGACAGCUGGAGGCUGUGACGAUUCCACACGGAGAAUUGAAAUCGGCUGAGGUCUUAGCUAGUUUUGCAGAUCCAGCGAGCAACCUCGUCAUCAAUUUUGGCGCUGCGGCCUAG